GACUUUUGACGCGAGCAAGAUAUGCAAAAAUGUGUUAUUUUAUGAUUUGAGAUUUAAGUUUCCAGAAUCGGUUUCUCUACAUUUUUAAGAUUUAAUAUUUGUAUUAAAUCAUUAUUUAUCCAUUAAAAGUGUUUUAGAAGUUCGAAGCAUGGAAACACAAGGAACUAGAACCAUUCGCUUGAGGAGAAUGGGAGCUCCAAAUCUUAAUGCAGCACCAGAAGAUAUGAUACAAAAAAAUCUUCAACCAUUGUUAGAACACACUGAAAAGAAAAAACGAGCUCAAGAAGCAUACUAUGAAAAAACUGAAAACGAAAUGGGAAUCAGUCCAAUGAUUCGCAAUUCAAAAGCACCAGUAAGGCAAAGAUUGGGCCGUAAAAUAGCCUUUAAUGGAACCAACACUGCUGCAAUUCCUCCGAAAAAACGGCUGUACAAAGUAAAUCCCACAUUAAAUAAUUCAAUACGCAAGCAACGAGUUGUGAAAAGGAAUUUAGCUCAGAUGAGGCUGAAUAAAAUAAGAGAACGACACAGACUUCAGUUAAGCCAAUCAAAUCUAAAUAAUAGUGCUCCAAAAAGACUCAGAAAACUAGGUCCUGUUAGCAAUAUGCUAAGGGUUGAAGUUCGUAAUAAUAAUGCUCACAUAGUAAACAAUCAAUUAGUUAAUCAGGUACCAGGCAGGCAUAGACAAGUUCUUGAUAGUACUUUACAAGCAGAAAUCAGAGAGUUACAAAGUUUGCAUCAGUCUGUAGAGAUGUUCUUUAAUGUUAGAUUUAAACCGGUUACAACUGCAAUACCUAUUGGUGACCGCUUUAGCCAUCUGUUCUAAGUUAAGAUUGUAAAAUAGUUAGGUUUUUCAAUAAGUUUUAGUUAUUAUUUCAUAAAAGAAGUUAAGUAUUUUUAUGUUACCAUUUUCUGUUCACUUUUAAAAAUUAAUAACAUUAAAGAGUUUUUCAAUUGCUAUUUAAACUUGAACUGUUUUUUAUCUGAGAUACUUAAUUGAGUAACUCUGAGGUAAACUGCUCUAUGUCAACAUAGUAAUUUUAUUUAUAAAAGUAAACCUAAGCUCAUCAAGACAAUUUAUGCAAAUAAAAAACAAAAUAGAAGAUUUAUUAGUUAGAUUAGUAAACAAUAAAUAAAUAUUGUGACAAUAAUUGGGUCUAACUGUAUUUCUUGUCGAAAAAUAUAAUGUGUAAUUAUGGAGCACAAAAGGUGCCCAAAUAACAUUCAAUCUGCUCCACUAAGAGUUGACUAGAAUGACAUUCAAUUUACCUCCAAGGUACUGAAAUGUUCUCACCAAAAGCAUACAUUAUGUAUUUAAUAAUUUUUUACUAUAUUCAGGAUGUCCCAAAGAUCAUCACUCACUGAUGUAAAUGUGCCCAAAAAUAGAGUGCUUUUAAUAAUACAGAAUACAGGGCGUUCCUCAAUCAUAUGUAAAUCUAUAUGAAAAAUCAAUGAUAGUUUUUUUUAAAAAUACAAAAUGGCAUUCUUCAAUAAUUCCAUUAAUUUUCUCAAUGUAAUGGUUUUCAUAUUUUUAUUCAAAAAUGGCGCAUCACAGGAAACUAUGUUUUGACACAUAUUAAGUUGUGUUACAUUACAUUGGCAAUGGUCUAAAACAUAGGUGGUAACAUAUUAAACAUCUAUCAAACAAAAUGAGAAAAUUUGUAGCUCUGGUAUUUUUUAAAUUGGGUUUAAUAUUAUUUGGAACGUCUUGUGUAAUCCAAGGUAUAUUUUCAUUGUGGCUAGACAAGGAAUUUAUU